GAUAUUCUGUGAGCCCCACCCGGUAGUAGAAGUCUGAAACACAUUGUCUAAGUUAAAGCAAGUGUGAAGCGCAAUUGGAAAGUUUACGUGAAACGUUUUGCCUAUUUCUAGAGCAUUUACUUGUUUUGUAGGUCUCGGGUGCGCUUUUGUCGUAAAGUAUUCCUUUUACCGUUGGAAGUAUCUCCGUUUCUGUUAUGGCGUCAGAAGUGACCGAAGACGUUAAAGUCUCCGAUUUAGCCGAGCACCAGGAGAACGGAGAACAGCAGAAUGUGGUGGACAGGGUGGCGAACCUGCCUCUUGUGAGCUCAGCCUAUGAAAUGGUAUCAGCUGCCUACAACAGCACCAAAGAGAAUCAUCCGUAUGUGAAGACCAUUUGUGAUGUUGCUGAGCAGGGAGUGAAGACUAUCACAGCUAUGGCUGCCAGUGGCACCAAACCAAUCAUAGACAAGCUGGAACCCCAAAUUGCUGUAGCUAACGAAUAUGCCUGUAAAAGCUUGGAUAAACUGGAAGAGAAGCUUCCAAUACUUCAGCAGUCUACACCCCAGGUUGUCGCUGAUACCAAAGAGUUGGUUUCAUCCACAAUAACUGGAGCUAAAGAUGCAGUCUCCAACACUGUGACUGGAGCAAAGAAUACAGUGACUGGUGUUGUAGAUAUGGCCAAGGGAGCAGUCCACGGCAGCAUUGAGAAAACCAAGUCUGUAAUGGCUGACGGAGUUGAUGCUGCCAUGGCAUCCAAAGUAGGGCAGAUGGUGGUCACUGGUGUUGACAGUGCACUCAAUAAAUCUGAAGAGAUAGUUGAUUAUUAUCUUCCUAUGACUGAGGAGGAACUGGCUAAACUAGCUACUUCUGUGGAGGGCUUUGAGGUGGCCCCAGCACAAAAGCGGAGUUAUGUGCGCUUGGAAUCUUUAUCUUCAAAAAUUCGACAUAGAGCAUACCAGCACUCUGUAGCCAAGUUGCAGAAGGCAAGACAAACCAGCCAAGAUAUUAUGGCUCAACUUCACAACACCAUGGAUUUGGUAAGGUCACGAAACUAUUGGAUUGAAUUAGGAAGGAAAGGAGCAGAUUCAGCAAAUCAGAAGCUGCAUGACAUCCAGAAGAAACUCCAUCAGACCUGGGUUGACUGGCAGAAGAAACAAGCAAAGCAAGUGGAGGAAGAAGGGGCUCAGAAGCCAGAGCAGCUUGAAUCCCAAACCCUAACCAUGGCUCGUGGUCUCACCCAGCAGUUACAGACGACCUGCCUAACUUUAGUUUCAAAUGUACACGGCCUCCCUCAACAUAUUCAGGACAAAGUGCAGCAGAUCCGCAAAACAGCAGAGACCAUCCACACGUCGUUCUCAUCUGCCAAUUCCUUCAGUGAUCUUUCAGGACAACUCCUGGCACAAAGCAGAGAGCAAAUGCUGAAGAUCCGGGAGUCCAUGGAUGGGGUGAUGGACUAUGUACUUCACAACACUCCACUCAACUGGCUGGUGGGUCCGUUUGCUCCACAGCUGACUGAGCGGCCAGAGUCAGAAGAGAUAGUAGAAAUGGAUAAAGAUCAAAAUUAGAUAUGACCUGCUUAGCUCUAUAUACUGUGAGCGGUUUAUGUCUUGAGACAGACUUGUAUUAGGUUUAGUAACUUGAGCAUUUGAAUUGAUGUUGCUGUUUUCACUAAACUGUAUUUCUGUCCUAUAUGAUAAGCAAACUAACUUUUUUUUGUCUGGAGCCUCUUAAUUACAGAAUCCCAAGCUAAAGCAAAAUGCACAAUGUGUCAAGUAACAUCUGGAGGGCAGGUGGUGAAAGUGUGAAGUCCAAAAGUUUGAAUGAUAUUUUCAUUCUCCACAAUAUUUGUAUCUGAAUUUUGAUAAGUGAAAAUCAUGUUGAAAUCUUGUAAGGUUAACUAUUUGGCCAAAAGGUCACCUGAUCAAUUUCUCCAAUUGGAAUCUGACCUGUAGUGUUUUUUCUCACUUCUGGUAUUGUACAAGUUCUAAUUCUACAAAUUCAAGAUGACUUUUGUACAUGUUCAAGAUGAUCAUGUAAUUUUGACUUUUAGUUCUGGGCCUGCACUGUUACUGUUGACCUGGCACCUUUUUAACAUCUGGGUUAGCUGUGUGCAUGUGUACAUACAUAUUCCAUCUGGGUGUCAAACCACAUGUGCCCAGAACAUACUGGGUACAUUAGCUGCAACUUGCCCAAUUUAGGGCACCAUAUACCUGGAGACUUUGAUCACUUGGUUUAUGUAUUAGGAAUGAACACUUAUCACUUGGAGAAUUUAACCAUUCUGUAGUAUUAUGUAAAAAUCUUGGUGAUUUUCAUUGGCUCUUGUAAUCUGACUAAACUACUAGAUUGUAAGAGGCUGCUUUGGCAGAUGUCUGUACAGCAGAGGGUAAGCAGGAAAGUGGGUCAGCACCAGUGUGAUGCUUUUAAAAUAAAGUGCAUAUUUAACUUCUAA